UUUUAUUAAAGUCUUUUUUUCUCGGACCUGUAUAAAUGAUAAAUGCAUGCAAUACUUUUACUAUGAAGGAUAUCUUUCCACCUCUACUCCCUUCCACGGUGUCCUGUGUCCUGCGAAAGCCCGCAGCCCUGUGCAGUAUUAGUAUUUUUGCGUUGCCAUGUAAUGCUUACAGGACAAAGACCCGUUUCUAAAACUGCAUAUCAAAGGCUCUGGUCUGUCCAAGAAGUGAGGGUAUUUGAUAAACAUGUUCUCUUCUAUCCACUUUGUUUUAAUUAUUAUUUUGGGUAUAGGGCAGGGUUACUUUUUUCAAGCGUUCCGGUAAAAUAUAUUUUUUCUGAUGGGAGGGCCGUCCAUUUUCAUUUCAGAGAGGUCCGAUUUUCUCUAUGUAACCCAUAUUGGAAAUAACGUUCACUCCCUUAUUGGAAUUCCAAUUAUUGGGUAAAGACGUCAUGUGCUUAAAAUGGCAAACGUUUCACUUUUAAAACAUUAGGGUACUUUCAAUUAAUCGAUUAUUUUUUGUCAUAUGAAAGUUAGAAAUGUUAACCAAACAGUGGAUAUUGUAUUGAACAUACAUUGCAUAAAAUACAUAGAGUACAUCAAAGGUCACUUGGAAACAAAUGUAGCCCACAUCUAAAAUAAUAACUCCUUGUUCAAAUGUUUCCAAACACAUUGUUCAAAUGUUGUCCAUUGUUUAGCUCUCCUGACUUUUUGAAACGUCCAUACAAUUCAUAUUAUACAAGCACACACUGUCCUUUGAUUGAAGGGUGGGCUUAUAUCAAACCAAGAUAAUUUUUCCGUGAAGUAACUGGUUGCAGAGUGUUAUUGGGCACGGGCUUGCCAUUUGUUAAAUUAUCAUAAAAUAAUUUCCCAUCUGUGGAAACACUGAAAGGCAAACAUGGAUUGCAUCAUAUAUAUUUUGGAAACGACGGGGUAGGGGGACACUGAAGGGGUCUAGGUGAUGUGAGAUGAUGACAUACAGGUGGCUGCAGAUGUGAGAGCAGAUGGCUCUCACGAAGUAGUGUUACUAGUAACACUAGUAACAUUUUGCGAGUGAGCUGCAGGUGAAUCUCUAACCUGUGUGAGUUUAUCUGUCGCCAGCGCGUCACCUGAAUGACGGGGUAUGAGGCAAUGAAACCACAAUGGAAGACAGGGUUAAACUCGUCCAAGUCACGAGAGAGGAAAUACGAGCGCAAUGACGGACUGUGCCACCAGGGAAAGGUAAAGACCGGAAAGCUGGACAUAUGUUUAGACUGCUGCUGAAUAAGUAAAUUGAAUGAGUGAACCUGACAAGACCAAAACACAUGAACACAGAGCUCCUGAACGGAGACGCGCACAUUUCAGUCGGUGGAAAGAGUUUAUUUUUCGUUUUGGAAGAGAGAAGCCAGCAGAAAACGUAAAGAAUCAUGGAUACAAAGGGAAUCACAGAGGACCACGGAGCCGCCCACGGAGCCGGGGAUCUAGCGCAAUCUGCUGCUAUGAAACUGUCUGAGAUAGGCGAAAGAACUAAACAACUAGGUACUAAAUUCAAAGAGCCUGAGCGACAGAGACGGAUUAUUCUAGUGAUUGUCUGUGUAGCACUUCUAUUAGAUAACAUGCUUUACAUGGUAAUUGUGCCGAUCAUACCAGACUAUUUGGCAGAAUUACAAAGUGAGGCAGAUCACGCUUCGUUUAAUGCACGAGUCAUAAACGCCGGGAAUUCCUCGAAUCAUACUAUCUUUAAAGCCACCAAAGGCAACUUCGACCUGCAGAUUGGUGUACUUUUUGCGUCCAAAGCCAUAUUGCAGCUUUUGGUCAACCCGUUGACCGGGACAUUCAUUGACCGGGUCGGUUAUGACCUUCCUCUGUUCAUCGGACUCAUCAUCAUGUUUUUUUCCACAUGUCUAUUCGCCUUCGCCGAUAAUUACGUGUCUCUGUUCGCGGCGAGGAGCUUGCAGGGUUUAGGCUCAGCGUUCGCAGAUACAUCAGGCAUCGCCAUGAUAGCGGAUAAGUACACGGAGGAGGCGGAGAGGAGCAGAGCUCUGGGUAUCGCCCUGGCAUUCAUCUCUUUCGGCAGCUUAGUGGCGCCUCCCUUCGGGGGCAUCCUGUACGAAUUCUGUGGGAAACGGGUGCCCUUCAUUGUGCUGGCCUGCAUCUGUUUCACGGACGGCAUGCUGUGCCUGACGGUGUUAAAGCCCUUCUCCAGAGGGGAGAGAGAGAACAUGCCCGUGGGCACCCCCAUCUACAAACUGAUGAUCGACCCCUACAUAGCUGUGGUGGCGGGUGCCCUGACCACCUGUAACAUCCCGCUGGCCUUCCUGGAGCCCACCAUCGCAAACUGGAUGGAAGAAACCAUGAACUCUUCCCAAUGGGAGAUCGGCCUUGCCUGGCUUCCCGCGUUCUUCCCGCAUGUCCUGGGUGUGUACAUCACCGUCAAACUCGCGGCUAAGUACCCACACCUGCAGUGGUUCUACGGGGCCCUGGGCAUGGUGAUAAUCGGCGCCAGUUCGUGCACCGUGCCAGCCUGUAAGACCUUCGGCCAGCUGAUGGGUCCACUGUGUGGCAUCUGCUUUGGCAUCGCCCUGGUGGACACGGCGCUACUACCUACACUCGCUUUCCUGGUGGACGUGCGGCAUGUGUCGGUGUACGGCAGUGUGUACGCCAUCGCGGACAUCUCCUACUGCGUGGCAUACGCCCUGGGCCCUGUGGUGGCCGGACAGAUAGUCCACGACCUGGGCUUCAUUCAGCUCAACCUGGGCAUGGGCCUCGCCAACGUGCUUUACGCACCAGCGCUCCUCUUACUAAAGAACGUGUGCCAAAUGAAACCUUCAAACUCGGAGAGAGGCAUGCUACUGGAGGAAGGCCCCACGGGUCUCUACGACACAAUAAAAACUCAGGAACGCGAGAGGAAGAGGAAGGGGUUAAGUAAUGUUGUUGAUGAGAAUGGCAUAGACACGUAUUCUGAAGAGGAGUCAUUUGAGUAUGCGUAAACUGUAAAAAAAAAAAAAAAAAAUGUAAGUGCCCAUAAAGCGAUGAAGCUAUACUCUGUGUCAUACUCAUUUGACGCAACCAUUUACAUAAUUUAAUUAGGAAAGAAGAUAACUACAGAAGAAUCUCCUGUCUUCCAAUUCAAUCGGACAAUGUCAUCUGAAGAAACAUUCACAGUAGAUUGCGCUGGGGUGAUAUUUGUAAAAGCUGAAAGUGUGUGCAUUGUGACAAAACAUUGAUUCCAUAUCAUAUUCAUGGACCUGUGUAAAGGGAACAUAACUUUUAUCAUAAAAAAGAACAAAUUAAAUGUAUUCGUCAUUCAAAAUAAUAUACCUUAUAUGUAUUUUGCAAGAGUUGUGCUGCUAAAAUCAAUAUGCAAUAUUUCACAAUACACUUUUAGGGGGGAAUAGGUGGGUUUGAAUCCCCCGUCUUACAUUGUGUAUUCUGUAUUUAACUUAAUUUGGAUGAUGUAAGCUAUCUGGAAUGUAUAUCCUAAAUGUAUGAUAGGACAUUUCAACAAUUGUUUAUAUGUGUAUAUUAAUGUACAUAUUAAAUCAAGAGUAUGUGAAU